AUGCGGAGGGCCGCCAGGAUGGAGGACUUCACGGCAGAGGAAGAGGAGCCCUGGUACGACCAGCAGGACCUGGAGCAGGACUUGCACUUGGCCGCAGAGCUGGGGAAGACGCUGCUGGAGAGGAACAAGGAGCUGGAGGAGUCUCUACAGCAGAUGUACUCCACCAACGAGGAGCAAGUGCAGGAGAUCGAGUAUCUGACCAAACAGCUGGACACGUUGCGGCACGUGAAUGAACAGCACGCCAAAGUGUACGAGCAGCUGGACGUGGCGGCCCGAGACCUGGAGCUGACCAAUCAGAAGCUGGUGCUGGAGAGCAAGGUGGCCCAGCAGAAGAUCCACGGGCUGACAGAGACCAUCGAGCGCCUGCAGACCCAGGUGGAGGAGCUGCAGGCUCAGGUGGAGCAGCUGCGGGACCUGGAACAGCUGCGCGUGCUGCGGGAGAAGCGCGAACGCAGGCGUACCAUCCACACCUUCCCCUGUCUCAAGGAACUGUGCACCAGCCCCCGGUGUGAAGAUGCCUUCCGCCUGCACAGCUCCUCCCUGGAGCUGGGCCCACGGCCCCUGGAACAGGAGAACGAGCGGCUGCAGACCUUGGUGGGCGUGCUGCGCUCGCAGGUGAGCCAGGAGCGGCAGCGCAAGGAGCGGGCGGAGCGCGAGUACGCCGCGGUGCUCCAGGAGUACUCGGAGCUGGAGCGGCAGCUGUGUGAGAUGGAAAGCUGCCGCUUCCGCGUGCAGGAGCUGGAGGCCGAGCUCCUGGAGCUGCAGCAGAUGAAGCAGGCCAAGACCUACCUGCUGGGCCGGGAGGACCACCUGGCCGAGGCCCUGCUGGCGCCCCUCACCCAGGCGCCUGAAGCCGACGACCCCCAGCCCGGCAGCGGCGACGACACCGGCCCCCAGGAUGGGGUCUCCUCUCCGGCGGCCUCCCCGGGCCACGCCGUGCGCAAGAGCUGCAGCGACACGGCGCUCAACGCCAUUGUGGCCAAAGAUCCGGCCAGCCGGCACGCGGGCAACCUCACACUGCACGCCAACAGCGUGCGCAAGCGGGGCAUGUCCAUCCUGCGCGAGGUGGACGAGCAGUACCACGCGCUGCUGGAGAAAUACGAGGAGCUGCUGAGCAAGUGCCGGCAGCACGGGGCCGGGGUGCGGCACGCCGGGGUGCAGACCUCGCGGCCCAUCUCCCGGGACAGCUCGUGGAGGGACCUGCGGGCGGGCGAGGAGGGCCUGGGGGAGCCCAAGGCGGAGAAGAGCCUCAGCCAGCACGUGGAGGCCGUGGACAAGCGGCUGGAGCAGAGCCAGCCCGAAUACAAGGCGCUCUUCAAGGAGAUCUUCUCCAGGAUCCAGAAGACCAAGGCCGACAUCAACGCCACCAAAGUCAAGACACACAGCAGCAAGUGA